ACACUUCACCGUAAAGUGACGCCGUCAUAAUCGAACCGUCAUCUGCUUCCCACUCCAGGUCUCUCUCUGCACAUGUAACCCAUAAUCGUCGCCCAAAAAUCUCACGAGUUUCUUCAUAAAUUAUACUAGUAAAGGAUCCCGUUUAAAUUUACGAGUUGUAAUUCACAUUCUCCGAUUAAAAUUCUUAUGAUUCCAGGUAUAAUCCUAAUUUAUCGUUUAGUGAUCAACAAUUACGAACUGUAGAUUUUGAUUUCUGCGAAAAAUUAAUGGCGUCAACUAGCAAAAUGCCUAGCUCUGCUGAGGAUGAGGAUCUACAAGAGGAGUUUGAACAUUUUGAUGAUUUUACCCUGGCCUCUUCAUGGGAAAGGUUCAUAUCCGAGAUAGAGGCAGUUUGCCGGCAGUGGUUGGCUGAUGGCACCAAGAAUUUGUUGAGAAAGGGUGCUAUCAGUUUGAAUAUUGCUGAGGACCUGUAUAAGGUCAAAACUGACCUGAAGUAUGCGAUGAAAAGCUAUUGCAUGGAGUACUAUUUUGGAACACACAAUGAUGUUGGUCGAGGAAAUGGAAAUGGAUGGAAUUGUGAAUUGCAUAAUCUGCAACUGUCUUUUGGGGUGAAUGAGUUCCUGGUGAUUGCUCCUCAAAGUGCCAGUGGCGUGGUUCUUGAUGGACCGGAGGCCAGCAAACUUCUAAGUGCAGUUGCUAUUGCAUUGUCAAAUUGUUCGGGUUUUUGGCCGGCAUUUGUUCCAGUGCAUGAUCCUUCUCGGAAAGCAUACAUUGGCAUCCAGAACAUGGGAACCCUCUUCACUAGACGAUUUGAAGCUGAUCGUAUAGGUAACCAGGUGCCAGUGAAGCUUAUGCAUUUGGAGGGAUUGUAUGAGCUAUUUAUUUCUAAAUUUGCCUUCUCCAAUAUGGACCUAUCCAUGCAUCUUUUCCAAGUAAAUCUCAAGAUGAAGAUGACCUAUCGCACACUUCCCUAUAGUGAGGAUGAUGACGUACAAGAAUCUGAGGGAGGUUUUACAGAAUCUGGGGAGAGUCCCAAAAGCAACCAUCAGAGUAGAACACAGUGGGAUGAUAAUUGUCCUUGGAGUGAGUGGUACUCUGCUGAAGACCCAUUAAGAGGGUUUGAGCUGCUUACAGUAUGGUCAGAGAAAGCGAUAGAGAGUUCACUUGAAAUGGCUGAGAUGGAAAAUGUGUCACCUCUUGAGGCUGAGAAGUGGUUAAUAACUCCAUGUUUUUCUGAGAUUCUAAGUGAUGGUUCUGGCAGAAAGAGAAUUGGAUUCGCAUCACAGUUGCUGCUCUUAAUUGACGCUUUUCAUAUGUCACUGGAUGCUAAAUUUGUGGAAGAUUUUAUUUCAGAGAACUCAGGACCUGAGAAUUUGAAGUCUACUGCAGUCAUACCUCCCCCAACUGUCCUUGAUCGAGUUCUUAAAGACCUCUUUCAUGAAGUUGAUGCCCUGCAACUUGAUUUUGCUGAAGGAGAUCAUGAAAAUUCUCGUACCAUUAAAGGCUCUCCUCUUGAAUCACUUUUUGGCCAGUUCUGUCUGCAUUCUCUCUGGUUUGGUGAUUGCAAUAUAAGGGCUAUUGCGGCAUUCUGGAUAGAGUUUGUACGAGAAGUUCGCUGGUGUUGGGAAGAGUCACAGCCAUUACCUAGAAUGCAAGCCAAUGGUGUAGUCGACCUAUCUACAUGUUUAAUUCACCAGAAAUUACACAUGCUUUCAAUUUGCAUUGAUAAAAAGCGUCAGUUGAAUCAAGAGUGUCCAAAGGCAGGUGAAAACAAUUUUUUCCUUUCCGCUCAUGUUAAGGGAGACUCUCAGAUCCAGAGUGACAUAUCUUCUGAAGAUGGAGAUACUGAGGCUUCUUUUUUUGAAUGUGACAGUCUGUCAACACUAGAUCAUCCAAAUGAUCCUGAAAGUGAUAUUUCUAGUUUUGUACAUUCUGAUGAUGUGAAGUUAGGUGAUCCAAAGCAUUCGGCAUGUAUCAGGAAGGGAUCGGCUGGUAUUGUCGGGUCUAUGAUGCUUCUGAAAUCUUACCAGAACAUGCAUGCUCCAUUUACACAGGAUCCACCACUUAUGACAGAAGACAUGCACGAAGAACGUCUUCAAGCCGUUGAGGCCCUUGGUGAAUCUUUUAGAUUUUCUGCCCAACUUGAGAAAGACAUAUUGUCAUCAGAUAUGUCUGCUUUUAAAGCGGCAAAUCCCGAUGCUGUGUUUGAAGAUUUCAUCCGAUGGCAUUCACCCAGAGACUGGGAGAAUGAUGAUAAUAUGGAGAAGGUAGUAUCUAACACCAAUGCAGUGGUAGAGUCAACAAACGAUUGGCCACCUCGUGGAAAACUUUCAGAAAGAAUGUCCGAGCAUGGGAAUUUAUGGAGAAAGAUUUGGAAUGAGGCAUUUCCAAUGCCAGCUUCUGAGCAGAAGCCCCUUCUGGAUCCAAAUCAAGAAGGAGAAAAGGUUCUUCAUUAUUUGGAAACAUUGCGUCCAUAUGAAUUGUUGGGACAAAUGGUUUCUACUGCUUUUAAAGCAGCAGCUGACACGCUAAACAGAACGUCAUUUGGAGGCCUAAAGCAGCUGACCACCAGAAUUGGACAACUUUACCUCACUAUGGCAGCCACCUUCAGAUGCUUGCAAAAAAAUAGCCUAUCUGUUGGCACUGAAGAUAUUGAAGACCUGAAGCGACUCUGUGCAAUUUUUGGACAUGUUGAGAGUUUGAUAAUACUCGCUGCAUCUCUUCAUCAGAAGUUCUUGCAAGCACCGCGUCUAUCAGAAUCCAUUUUCAAUGACUACUAUAACUUCUAUCUACCAAAAAUGGGAACAGUAUCAAUUGGUGGUGAUGAGAAGAAGGAUUUCGAUAAGAAACAAGAAGUUAGGCGACAAGAGAGAGAAGUUGUUGCAAGCAUGUUCACUCCACCUACUGUGAAUCAAUCAUGGAGGAAAGUCUUAAGCAUGGGAAAUCUUCUAAAUGGCCAUGAACCUACAUUGCGAGAGAUCAUAUUUUCCAAACGUGAUCACCUGAGCGAAAAUUACUAUGCUAGUCAUGCACCAAGGGGUUACCAACAAGAAUUAGAAACAUACAGAAUGUACAUAUGCGGAACCUCAAAUGAUCUGAGUGUGGCACUAGCAGUUGCCUCUUGUGACUAGUUUCGUCAUUAAAGGAACCAGAGAGCAUGAAGCUAAACACCCUCGACACAUUAUUCAUGAUGAUAUGUCUUGGACUAAUUUUACGGGACACCUGCUACCUCUUAUCGAUACAGGUAUGGGAUAAAUCUAUCCAUCAGGAUUUGAACAAUGAUAUUUGUUGGUUUGUUUUCGAAUUAUUUGAUUAUAGUUAACGAUCAAAGAUUAUAUUCUACCGACGUGAAUCAGAGAAUUGAAAUAUUCAGUGGUCCUUUCUUGUGAAGGGAAUAAAAGUCCCCAAUUCAAGCGUGAAUUGUCUCAUUAUACAGGACAAACAAACAAAUGCUGUUGUAAUUUCCGUUUUCUUCUUGCUUGAGCCUGUAGGGGUUGUCGAAUGGUUUAAGAUAUUAUACUAUCAUAUCACUUAAAAUAUGAUCAUUAAAUGUAAAUUUUACUAUUAACAUUGAUUAAUAACUUAAUAAAAAUGGUAGUUAAAGUAGUAACUACUAUUUUGAUAAUGUAACUGGUAAAGUUGAUGUCAAGUAAUCUGUCAUAGGUUUGAGUUGUGAAAUAGACUCCUGCAGAAAUGCAGGAUAAGACUGUAUAUACCAACAAAACUUCGUAGUUCGAUUUUAUCGGAUCUUGGAUGUAGUAAAAGCUUAGUGCUAUCAGGCUAUUUUUUAUUUUUUUUUGGUAAUACGUAUGUCAGCAUAAGGCAUUAGUAGCUUUCACGAGGUUUGUGUCUCUAUCAGCUGUAAAUAGACCCAACAUCUAAAUGAGAACACAGACAUGGAUGGUUGAUGGGGAGUAAUAAAUAGACCAAUUUCUUGCGUAUACACUUCUUCUCCUGUUUUGUCAUAUGCUCGUAACCUCUUAUCAACACUUAAUAGUUCAAGGUAAAGAAACAGUAAUUAUAUUAGGACAGUGAUAAUAUAUUCAGAUGAUUCUAUAAGUAGCGUAUAGUGUAUGAAAAGAGUGGUGUGCACGCAAUUUUAUUUAUGUAUUGUAAAGAUAGAGAGUUUAUUUUCAAUAGAUUGUCGGCCCAUGUAAUUCAUAUCAAAA